CACACAGCCUCGUUUGCGACAGCAGCGGUCGAUUUACGGCGCCGUGACGUCAGGCGUAUUGCUCAGCAGAAGGCAGACGUUGCCUGAAAGUUACGGCUGCAGAUGUGUAGCCCGGGAUUAACCGCUAAAACACGGACUGAUGGAAAUCACAAAACGUCAUGAAAGAGAUUGACACUGUGGGAGGGGAGAAAGAUGAAAACUGUGAAGAAAAUGAAGAGGAGGCUCCAAUGAGGCGUAGUUUCUCGGUAGAAGACCUCCUCGAUGAGGUGGAGAAGAUCUGUUACGAUGCCUCAGGGACGUCAAAGGUGGAGAUGGUGGUGAGGUUAUGGAAGGAUGGCUUCACUGUAAACGAUGAGGAGUUUCGCAGUUACACUAUACCGGAGAAUCAAGAUUUCCUGGAUGCCAUCAAAAGGGGGGAGCUUCCGGCAGAGUGGGAGAGCCGAGCCGAAGAGGAGGAGCUGGAGAUCAGUGUGGAGGAUCUAACAGAGGAAAACUACGUUCCCAAGAAAAAGGCCUUUCACCCCUUCAGUGGCCGAGGUUACCGGCUGGGCAGUGUUGCGCCCAGAGUAGUGGCCAGGUCACCAUCUGUGCACGAGGAUGGAGAAUCUCUCCCUAUUCCCAUGGUAACACUAGACCACGCCCUUCCCGUUACCUCCCUGCAGAUCUGGUUGGCUGACGGCAGGAGAUUGGUGCAGAGGUUUAACCUAUCGCAUCGGAUCAUGGACAUUCAAGAUUUCGUGGCACGCUCUCAGAGGAGCUGCCCACCUUUCGUCCUGACGACGUCGGUUCCUUUCCGGGAGCUCAACGACAAAGAAUUGAGUUUAGAAGAGGCAGAUUUGGCUAACGCCGUCAUUGUACAGAGACCCCUGAGCACACAGGCUCCGUUUGGACACUCCUGACUAAAAGGGCCCCUUACAGUAACCCACAGCCACUUAUCUCUUUCACUUUCACUUAACCACGACCCUGAUUGCAGUCUCAAGACCUCCUAUAGCUUAGAAUGUUUCUUUACCUGGCUGCAUUUGAUGAUUGUUGCUCCCCUACAGCUAAUUAAAGACGCACUAUGUGGUUUUGGGGAAGAAAAAUUCAGUGAGGUAAUCAUACAAACAUAGAAAUAUGUAUUUUUUUCCAUAAGUGAAAACACAAACUGUUCUCAGAGGCAAAUUAGGUCCCCAUAGCAAUGUUUGAAUUAUAACAGUAUGAAUUAGCGUUGUAGUUUAAGGUCAGUUUGUUUAUUCACUCACGAUUUGUUCAGAUUGUUUUGGCAUAAAAAAACAGUUACCAAUUUCUUCCCCAAAACUACAUAGUGCACCUUUAAUCUCUGAGGGAUAAUUUAAUGGAGAUGUUAUCAGUUAGUCAUCUCCGUCAUCACAGGUGCUCCUGAGGUGCUUUUGUCAAUGCUUACUUUGUCUUUCUCCUCUGGAGGACAGUGUUUACCUGCCAACAGAUCUCCCUAAACCCCCAAACUCCUAGAAAAAAACCUGUCAAGGCAAACCAGAAUUGUCGCCCGUGCAGAUGGUCAACCAUGUGUGUCCAUCUGUUGGUCCACCACAUCUAAUCCUCCCUUCUUCCUUCCUUCCUUCCUUCCAUUUCUCUCACACACAUACAUGCACCACCAGCACCACCUACCAACUCUCCAAAGUCUUCCCAAAAUGUGAUCACCAGGUUUUCUGCACUAUUUAAAGUAACACAAGCGUUUGCGUCUUCACGUUUACAAUUAUAUUAAAUUACGUUUUGUUUGCACAUUUAUGGUUUUAAGGUGCAAUAUGUAAGAGUUGGCCACCUCUUGAGUAUGUGUUGCAAGCAAAUGUGGGGGCAGCAUAUCACCCAAGUACCUGCUAACUGCUACAAACUGUAGCUGCUGUUAGCUGGUACGCUCGGUUAGCUGUGCAGCUAGCGAUCCAGACUGGGAGCUCGGAGUAGUAUUAUGCGAAAGGACGGGCCAGAGCUAGCUGGUUAGCAUGCUAAUUUCGGUAAAUAUCUCUUCAACAUGACAUUAAAAGUCUUAUUUCUUCACAUUCUGUCAAUAAUUUAAGAUUUAAUUUAAACAUAUUCUUACAUGUUGCACAUUUAAAAGAGAAAAGCUUUUUUGACAGUUUGUUAUUUAUACUGCCAUUUUAUUUUGUUUUUGGGUGGCAGAUUUAAUGUACAAUGUGUUAUUUUAUUUGACUGCAUCCUAAAAGACAUAUCACAAAUCAAAGUACAAUAAAAAUCCUCGAAAUUGUG